AUGCCGCAGGCAAUUGUUCUAACAACUGAUCCAGCCUUCGUCUACUUUCACCCCACAACGUUUGAAGUUAUUCCCAAAGACGCUCGUGACGUUCCUCUAUAUUCUCAGUUCACUGCGGUAAAGGAGAGAAAACAAUCGCUGAGAACAUGGGUAUCUAUAGGCGGUUGGGCGUUCAAUGAUGCCACGAACUCUCUAAAUACCCAGACAGCAUUCAGCGAUAUGUCAUCGAGUGCAGCAAAUCGCCAAGCCUUUGCAACGUCUCUGAUCCAGUUUAUGAAUACCUAUGGAUUUGAUGGCGUUGAUAUUGACUGGGGGUACCAUGGAGCCGACGAUUGCGGUGGACUCCCAGCCGAUACUGAGAAUUUUGCUCUGCUGCUAAGUGAUCUGAAAGAAGCAUUUGGAGGAAGAUUCUGUAUCAGUGUCACAUUGCCAUCCUCAUAUUGGUAUCUACGCUGGUUCGACCUUCAAGCCAUGGAGAAGUCGGUUGAUUUCUUCAAUCUCAUGUCUUAUGACAUCCAUGGAGUGUGGGAUUCAUCUAGCAAGUUCACCGGCCCAUAUGUGCGUCCACACACCAACUUGACUGAAAUCCGACUCGGUCUUGACUUGACUUGCUUUGACGAAACAACAUUUCGCCCUCGCAACUCAACUUGGUCCUUUGCUGGUAUGGUCGAUCUUUCACACUCAAAGAUUCAUCGUGCAAUAUCCCUGGCUGUAUCUUUAGCGAAGGCGGUACUGCCGGAGAGUGUACGAACUCUGCCGGGAUACUGUCGAAUGCAGAGAUCAGCCGUAUCAUUGCCAGCAAUUCCCUCACCCCCACGAUCGAUCAAGAAGCUGCUGUGA